UUUGGGCAAUUCCCUCCUUCCGGGGGCGGAGUCUGGUUUUCUCGCGACGAAGCUAUCUCAUGGCCCCUGGUUUUGCCUCCCCUUCUCCGCCUUUAUACCUCCUCCCCCCCUCUCGCUUUCUUUAUCGCCAAAAUUCCUAUUUUUUUCGUACAGUGCUCGUCGAUCCCGAUCCUAUACCGGGGUUGUCUACUGAAAGUUUGGGCUUCUCUCGCUUCUACUUCGAGAUUAGAUCUUUGGAGCCGGUAAAGUUAGAACCUUGGAGAGUUUUGGUGCUGGAAUUGAGGUGCUGGGGGUGAAAGAUCAUACCUUGGGCGAGUUCGCGAGGCCUGGAUGAAAGUAGAGGCGACUAAUGGGUAUGAGGGGGAGAAGAAGCCAGCGGGGGCGAAGAGGAAGGGGGAGAAGCUGGUAAGGAAGCGAGGGUGCAGCAGAGGGACGCGGCGGCGGGUGCAGGCCGCCUCCACGGCGAUCCAGCGUCUGUACGUGGCCUGCAAGACGGUGUUCAAGGACCCUAAGACCGUCCCUGAGGCCGCCAACGUCGAGAUGCUGCAGCGUCUCUUAGAUGAAAUGAGACCAGAAGAUGUUGGGCUAAGCACGGAUGCACUCUUCAGGGUUAAAAGUUCUUCCAAAGGAACCCCAAAGAUCACAUAUGCGAUGAUUUACAAGUGCGAUAACUUUUCGAUAAGUAUCUUCUUCUUGCCCCCGAGAGCAAUUAUUCCUCUCCAUAACCACCCUGGGAUGACUGUUUUCAGCAAAUUACUGGCAGGAUCGGUGCAUAUAAAGUCUUAUGACUGGCUCGAUCCUGGUGCAUCAAAUAGCUCUAAGCCCUCACCUAAAUUGAGACUAGCCAAGUUGGUGGUGGAUUCUGAUUUUACUGCUCCUUGCGACACUUCAAUUCUUUAUCCGACAACCGGAGGCAACAUUCAUACAUUCACAGCCAUUACCGCCUGUGCUGUGCUUGAUGUUCAAGGACCCCCCUACUCGAAAGAAGAGGAUCGUGAUAUUACAUACUAUCGGGAUUAUCCCUACAGGACAUAUCCAAAUGAUAUGUCACUUGAAGAAGAGGCCGAGAGGAAAGCUGGUUGGUUGCUGAAACUCUUUUUUAUAGGAACUGCAGCACUUGUUGCAUUUGAGUUCUUUCCUUACAUGGGAGAGACUCUGUUGCAACAGUCCAUCUCUCUUUUGCAUGUCAAAGAUCCCUUGUUUAAGAGAAUGGGAGCUUCCAGAUUGGCUCUGUAUGCAGUUGAUGAUGAGAGGAGGAUGAAAGUAGUAGAGAUGGGCGGAGCCUUAGACCUGUUGAAUAUGCUGAAGACUGCCAAGGAUGAUAAGACACGCAAACAAGCUCUUAAAACUCUUGUCGCCCUUUCUCACUCUGAUGAAGCGGCCGAGGCUUUGCACCAAGCAGAUGCGAUUGCUAUUGUUAGCUCCACUCCAAAUUCCGUGGAAUAUGCUGAAGUUGAAACAUACAAGUCCAGCCUACUUAAGAGGUUUCAAGAGUUGAAACAUGAGAUCCCGUCGGAAAUUAGUUUAAAUGCAAAUUUUAUAAAAAAAUCUUCUGUUUAAGGUUUUAAAUCUUUGUUUGAUACCAAUUCGGGUAACAUGUCGGACUGCUAAGAUAAGAUACCGAACCAAGUAGUACAUAUCAGACUGUAACUUUUGGUAUCAUUGAAUAAUGAUGUUGUACCAGGAUCCAAGAGUCUGUUCGAGGCUUUGAAAACUCUAGCUUUGCAGCUAUGAGAAAUUCUUAUUAUAUGCUGCAAUAAUUUUCCUUUGGUUCCCACCACAA